UGUUUUUGGUUCUUAACUGUCUCUCCCAACAACUCGCACCGUGAACUUCAAGGCACAAACCCAUGUUUUUCCUUUCGUCUAUUCUAUGGUUCGUGUCUCCGUGAUUUUCACGUUCGCGUUUCACAGUCUAAGUCGUUCACAAGGUCACAUGUAUAUAAAUACAUAGAUAAAUCGCAUAAACCUUAAAGCCCACAAAAAAAAAAAAAACCAAGACAAAGGAGCAAGAAACAACAACAACAACUACUACGAAGAAGGAGAAGAACAAGCCCUAGGAAUCGUUGAGAGAGAGAGAAAUGGAGAGAGCGACAACGAACGGUCCGAACGGAGCGCACUCGGGUCGGGUUGGACCCACCAACCCGAUGGUCACGCCUCUCCUCACAGAUCAAUACCAGUUCACCAUGUUCUACGCUUAUUGGAAAGCCGGGAAACACAACGAGCGAGCCGUGUUUGACUUAUAUUUUCGGAGAAACCCCUUUGGCGGUGAAUAUACGAUCUUUGCUGGUUUAGAAGAAUGCAUAAGAUUCAUUUCUACUUUCAAAUUCACAGAGGAGGAGAUUGCUUUUGUACGGGAAUCCUUACCUCCUUCAUGUGAGGAUGGAUUCUUCGACUAUCUUAGAGAAAUUGACUGUUCUGAUGUUGAAGUAUAUGCUGUUUCAGAGGGAUCAGUUGUUUUCCCAAAAGUACCGUUGCUAAGAGUUGAAGGGCCUGUUGCUGUGGUUCAAUUGCUGGAAACUCCAUUUUUAAAUCUUAUUAAUUAUGCGUCAUUAGUUGCUACCAAUGCUGCAAGGCAUCGAUUUGUUGCUGGAAAAUCAAAAAUACUUCUUGAGUUUGGGCUUCGACGAGCUCAGGGACCUGAUGGUGGAAUAGGGGCAUCAAAAUAUUGCUACCUUGGAGGGUUUGAUGCAACAAGCAAUGUUGCAGCUGGGAAGUUAUUUGGAAUACCACUUCGUGGAACACAUUCCCAUGCCUUUGUUAGCUCAUUUAUGAGCCCUGAUGAGAUCAUAGAUAAAUCACUUCAUAGCAGUGAUGGGUCAAGUAUCUGUGAGGAUUUUGUAAGUCUAGUCCAGAAAUGGUUAAGCAAAAUUCAGUGGUCAGGUUCAUCACAUGGAGCAUUUGGUGAGACAAAUCAAAGCGAGCUAGCAGCUUUCACAUCAUAUGCCUUGGCAUUCCCUAAUAACUUUUUAGCUCUUGUAGACACAUAUGAUGUUAUCAGGAGUGGGAUCCCAAACUUUUGUGCAGUUGCUUUAGCACUUAGUGAUCUGGGGUACAAAGCAACAGGGAUUAGGUUGGACUCUGGUGACCUAGCAUAUUUGUCUUGCGAGGCCCGGAAGUUUUUUGUUGCCAUUGAGAACGACUUUGGAGUGCCUGGUUUUGGAAAGACAGCAAUAACAGCUAGUAAUGACCUCAAUGAGGAAACUUUAGAUGCUUUAAACAAACAGGGUCAUGAGGUUGAUGCAUUUGGAAUAGGAACCCAUCUGGUUACAUGCUUUGCUCAACCUGCUUUAGGUUGUGUUUUCAAGCUCGUUGAGAUAAAUGAUCAACCACGCAUUAAACUUUCUGAAGAUGUCUCAAAGGUCUCUAUUCCAUGUAAGAAACGGUGCUUCAGGUUGUAUGGGAAAGAAGGUUAUCCCCUAGUAGACAUAAUGACGGGGGAAAAUGAGCCAUCCCCAAAGGUUGGAGAAAGAAUCCUUUGUCGUCACCCUUUCAAUGAAUCUAAGAGAGCAUAUGUGGUGCCACAGCGUGUUGAGGAGCUUCUGAAGUGUUACUGGCCUGGAACGUCAGAUAAAGCAAAAGAAGAUUUACCACCUCUUAAGGACAUCAGGAAACGGUGCAUGGAACAACUCGAGCAAAUGCGUCCCGACCACAUGAGGAGACUGAACCCAACACCAUACAAGCAGGUGAGUGUAAGUGCAAAAUUGUAUGACUUCAUUCACUUCCUAUGGCUCAACGAGGCACCUGUUGGGGAGCUACAGUAAGGAUAUCAAGAUGGAUUGCAUGAAGUAGGGUACAAUUGCAGGGAAACUAAUUAUUUUAAUAAGUUUGAAGGAAUUUCAAAUAGUCAGCCCAUACACAUGUCCAUAUUACAUAUGUACAUGAGAUUGAGAAACAAUUCUCUGUUCUUUUGUUUUAUUUAAUAAAAUAAUUGGGUUUUUUUCUUUC